AGCAGCCUGAGAGGCAAAUCUCCUCUAAGAGGAAGAGCCUAGCAGGCAGCAGAGACCAUGGAGCUCACCUCAGCCCCUCUCCACAAAGGGCAGCUUCCCUGGAGGGGACUCCUGCUUGCAGCCUCACUUCUAACCUACUGGAACUCUCCUGCCACUGCCCAAGUCACCGUUGAAGCAGUCCCGCCCCUGGUUGCUGAAGGGGCAAACAUUCUUCUACAGGUCCGCAAUCUGCUAGAGAGCCCUCAAGUCUUUUACUGGCACAAGGGAGACUCUGUGUAUGAAAGUAAUGAAAUUGCACGAUUCAUAACGUUUAUGAGUAAAAAUAAAACAGGGCCUGCAUACAGCGGCAGAGAGAGAAUAUACCAGAAUGGAUCCCUGCUCUUGCAGAAUGUCACUCAGAAAGAUGCAGGAAUCUACAUGCUACAUAUGAUAACAAAAAACUUUGCUUUCAUGACUGAAUCUGUGCAGGUCCAUGUACACCCACAGCUACCAAAGCCCAACAUCACAAGCAACAAUUCCAAUCCCACGGAGGGUGAACACUCCAUAGCAUUAAUGUGUAAGCCUAAGACUCAGAAUACAACCUACCUGUGGAGGAUAAAUGGCCAAAGCCUCUCAGAAGAUGGCAAGAGGGAGCUGUCUGACGACAACAGAACUCUCACUUUACUCACUGUUGUGAGGAAUGACACAGGACCCUAUGUGUGUGAAACACGGAAGUCAGUGAGCACCUCCCGAAGUGACCCAUUCUCUCUGAACAUCACCUAUGGUCCAGAUGACCCCAUCAUAUCCCCCUCAAAUACUCAUUUCCAAUCAAGGACAAACCUCAGCCUCUCCUGUGAUGCAGCCUCUAACCCACCUGCACGAUACUCUUGGUCUGUCAAUGGAGUGCUCCAGGCAUCCUCCCAAGAGCUCUUUAUCCCCGACAUCACUACUAAUAAUAGUGGGUCCUAUACCUGCUUUGCCCAUAACUCUGUCACUGGCCUCAAUAGGACCACAGUCAAGAUCAUUACAGUCCUUGAGCCAGUGACUCUGCCCGUCAUCCAAGUCACCAACACCACAGUGAAAGAAAAUGACCACGUGAUGCUGACCUGCGUCUCAAACCACACUGAGGUCUCCAUCCAUUGGCUCUUCAAUGGCCAGAGUCUGAGGCUCACAGGCAGGAUGAAGCUGGCCCAGAACAACAGCACCCUCAGCAUAGACCCUGUCAGGAGGGCGGAUUCUGGAGAGUAUCGGUGCAAGGUCUCCAAUCCAGUCAGUUCCAAGAGGAGUGACCCCAUCCAGCUGGACAUAAUGCGUGAGUGA